AGGGGAGGGGGAAGGAAGGCGGUGGGGGAGGGGUGACCCUGGGAGAUCCCUUUACUCUGACGGUCUCCUCCUCCCUUCCAGAGCCUGUUCUGUCUCUAAGCUUCCUAGGGGACCAGGGAGACAGUUCCCCCUCUCUUACGAGGCCCCCAAACCAGGGCUCGAAGCCACUUGGCUCUGAAUUGAGAUGGGGGAGGGGGCAGCAACUGGGUGUUGAGAGAGAGGAGGACGACCCUUCUCCGUCCAGUCCCCCAAAUUCCUUUUCAGGGUCAGCCCUGCCAGGCAGACAGCAAGCCUGAGAGGCAGUGGAGGGUUGGGUGGGACCUCAACCUAUUGGGUGAUGACCUUGGUUGUUUUUCCCCCUUCAACCCCCCCCCCCAUUCCCAGUCAGGAUGCUCAGAAACUCGGGGCUCACUUGGAUACCUGGGACACACCGAAGCAGGCGGAGCCAGCCAGGGGUAAGAGUGACCCGGGCGGCCUCAGUUCUCAGCCCGCGCGUCCUGGGCCCAGGCGGCGGCGGUCCAUGGCAGACCCCGCACCCCCAGCCCCGGCCGCGGCCCCAACGCCGGCCCAGGCCCCCGGCAAAAAGGAGCUGAAGAUCGUGAUCGUGGGGGACGGAGGCUGCGGGAAGACCUCGUUGCUGAUGGUUUACAGCCAGGGGGCCUUCCCGGAGCACUACGCCCCUUCGGUCUUCGAGAAGUACACCACCAGUGUGACCCUGGGCAGCAAGGAGGUGGUCCUGAACCUCUAUGAUACAGCAGGUCAGGAAGACUACGACCGUCUUCGUCCACUGUCGUACCAGAACACUCACCUUGUCCUCAUUUGCUACGACGUCAUGAAUCCCACCAGCUAUGACAAUGUGCUCAUUAAGUGGUACCCUGAGGUCACUCACUUCUGCCACGGGACACCUAUGGUUCUCAUCGGCUGCAAGACUGACUUGAGAAAGGACAAGGAGCAGUUGCGGAAGCUACGAGCUGCUGACCUAGAACCCAUCACCUAUGCCCAGGGUGAGAGUGCCUGCCAACAGAUGAAGGCAGCCCUGUACCUGGAGUGUUCGGCCAAGUUCCGUGAGAAUGUAGAGGACGUGUUCCGAGAAGCCACCAAGGUCGCCCUUAGUGCCCUCAAGAAGGCCCAACGAAAGAAGAAACGGCAUAUCUGUUUGCUGCUGUGAUGGGAUCCCAGGUCCUGGACAGCUCGGGCUGGCUGUCUUGGUCUCCCCAGUCUCCUAUGGAGCUAGUGGCUGGGGAGGGAGGGGGGAGGGUGACGCCAGUGCAGCUUUGGGAAGGCACCUUAGACCCCAUCCCCAAGGGACUCCUUUCCUAGCUCUGAGUCAGCGCAAAGCUGCGAGAUUCCCAGAGCAGGGCACAGAGUGCCUCCCAUGGAACAUGGCCCUGAAUGAUUCCUUUCUGCCUGGUUGGAGCCGAUGACUCCCAACCAGUCUCUUGGGUUUGGCCCUCAUGCUGAAAAUGGGGUCUGGAGGCUAACUGGCUCACGCAAUCAACCCACAUUCACUUAUUAACAAGCACCUACGUACCAGGCUCUGUGCUAGGUGUUGGGGCUACAAAGAUAAUGAAACCCUAUCCUCAAGCAGCCCCCAUUCUAUCAGGCACUGGGGAGAAAGGAGCCAUUGCUUAGGUCUAAGUGUCCGUGGGCCGCACAGGCAGCUCUGUUUUUCCCCUUCAUCCCAGGGAGGUUGGGGGAGGAGGGGGCGGUCAGCCACGCCCUCUGGGCUAAGCUCAGGACCAAUCCAGGGAGAAUGUGCGAGGGAAGCCAGACGUGGCCUCAGGGAGAAGGAAAAGCUCCCUAUCACUCGAAGGAUAAGCCACUUGGAGAGACCGAUGCCCGUCGCUGGCAGGAUGGAUGGUUGUCGAGGUGGAUUUUCACUGAGGUCUUCCUGCUUGUGUACAGAUUGGACCAGCUGACCUCUGAAAGCCUAUCUCGCCUAAUCUGUUAGUCACCCAGCUGAUGUACAGGACUCCUGCUGUCAGAGGCGAGUCUAACACAGACUCUGGAGUUCCCAAAACCCCUAUCUCACACCAUCUUGGCCACAUUCAGUUUGACAUUAAAAACCACCACUGGUACAAAAGAUA